AUGCUAGAACGAGCUCGAAAUCGACCUGACUUUGGAAAUGCCGGCGAGAUUGAUAUUUUGCUCAACGCAGCAAAGAUAUGCCAGCAAAAGCGGCUCUCCUCGGGUAGAUCCACCACCCGAGUCUCCGACGCCAUCCUGGACGCAGCUGACUUCGAUGAGAACUUUGAUCGCGCGAACAAGAAUGAAGCGAGCGUUCCAAAACUGUUUGAAGGGGUGGUGGGUUUUCUCAAAUGCCAUUUUUCUGUACAAUAUGGUGUAUGUUUCGCGGCCUAA